CGACUCCUCUGCAUCUGCUGUUUGUGUAGCCAUUCCUUCGCACCCGCCAUUUGUUAAGUGCGUCCUUUCUCCCAUAUCAAUCAUGCUCUUAGAUGCAUCUGUCCGAUUUGGGUUGUUGACGAAUUGGUUCUCUCUCGCAUCAAGUGGCCCUUGAACGCCCUGUUCUUUCCUUGACGAUGAGAUCACCCCAAACACCCUGCAGCUUUAGAAAGUCAGCGUAGUUUGAAAGUCCCAGACAUUUGACAAUUGAGGAGUUUGUAUAUCGUGUUCCCUUGUUGUUUAUGUAGCAUGCUGAGUAUGGUGCAAUUUUUCUAGUGUGGUGUGUACACUGUAGUGUGUCGCGUAGUCUGGUCUUGUGUAGUGUAGUGUGUAGUCCUAGUGUAGUGGUGUCGUGUAGUUUAGUGUAGUGUAGUGUGUGGUCUUAGGGCAUCUUGACACCAGCACUUUUCUAGAUAUAUGUGACAGCAAUUACAGCUGGACCUGAAUGCAUCUGACUGUGAUCGUGUCCAGAGCUGAGUCGAAAAAGUCGUAGUGUGGCUAUGCCCUUAGUGUGAUGUGUAGCUCAGAACACUGUGGCUUAACUGCUUUGGUCAGGUCAUAAACAAAAUCUUGAAGCUCUUCUAUGGGCACUGUAUUCGGCAACAAGGAGACCAUCAGCUGAAGGAGGGUGGUUCGCAGGCAUUGGGACUGUCAUCAUUCAACGGUGGAGUGUUGUGACAGAGUUGUGACAGUUCCAAACAUUCCUGGAUUGAUGAGGUCGUUCUCUCCUUCUCUCUCUUUCUCGCUCUUUCUCUCUCUUUCUCUUCUCUCUCUCUCUCUCUCUCUCUCUCUCUCUCUCUCUCUCUCUCUCUCUUUUUCUCUCUCUCUCUACCGUGGUCCUUCUCGUCCUGGCUUUAGCACUCGCUGCCUCCUUGGUAUGUAACAUAGUGUAGCUCAGAAAUGGAGAACACGGAGGACACGGAGGACACGGAGGACACGGAGGACACGGAGGAGACGGAGGAGACGGAGGAGAGGGAGGACAUGGAGGGGGACGGAGGAGACGGAGGAGACGGAGGAGACAGAGGAGACGGAGGACACGGAGGCGGAGCUUGGGGGAGACGAGGGAGAGGAGCUCAUAGGUUUCAAUAUGAGUUGAAGUUGCACGAAGUCACUAGGAGAAGGCAGGAAUAACAGUUGAUUACUUGGGUGUAUUACUGCCGGUGGCCAUUCUUUUGUUUUUGCUUUUUGUUUUUGCUUUUUGUUUUUGUUUUUUGUUUUGCUUUUUGUUUUUGUUUUUCGUUUUUGCUUUUUUUUUUUUUUUUUUUUUUUUUGGGUGGCUCUUGCUACUUUCUACCUAACUCUGCAACAUGAAUGUGGUAUGAAGAAACCAGACAUAUUUCAGUCAUAGACACAGCCCGGUAUAACAGGCGGUAGUAAUGGUGUCAGCAGGAGGCAAGUGAGUACAGGAUUGAACUUCUAGGUUUUGGGACCAACCAAGAGGGGAUGAGGUUGGGAGCUUUCUAAGUGAGCCAGUGCCCCCCAUCCU